GAAUAAAAAUGUGCCAGGGAACAGGGGAUGAGAGAGAGAGAGAGAGAGAGAGAGAGAGAGAGAGAGAGAGAGAGAGAGAGAGAGAGAGAGAGAGAGAGAGAGGAGAGAGAGAGAGAGAGAGAGAGAGAGAGAGAGAGAGGAGAGAGAGAGAGAGAGAGAGAGAGAGAGAGAGAGAGAGAGAGAGAGAGAGAGAGAGAGAGAGAGAGAGAGAGAGUCGGCGAUAUGGCGCUGCUCUGCUUCCGCUCGGCUAGGGACUGCUGUUAGGAUCAUG